UCCUGUUAGGUAAGGUUUGCCAAAUUACAAGCAGUCAAAAUCGACAUGCAAAAAACUGUUACACAUCACUUACUAAGCCAAGUGACAGGAAGGAACUGCAUCCAGAGAAACUUCCAUAGUCUCAGGCAAUGUAAUGGAAAUGAGCAGAACAGCCACUCUAUUGUUAUUGGCCACACAUGUGUCCUACACAGAGGCUGUGCAUGUGAGCGACCCAAUUGUUUGCUAUAUUUUGGAUGUAAUUCUGCUGCUGUAUUCCAUCAUUUUUACUGCUCUCUACUUCCGGCAGAAGUUUACAAGGGAAGAGCCUAUUCCUCCAGACCCUGCAACCCCAGCCCGAAACCCCAAUGAGCCUGUAUAUACAGACUUAGAUCUGCCUCAGAUAAAUUCUGAUUAUCAGCAACUGGACAGACUGAUUAGAAGACAAGAAGAGGAGACACAUUAUCAGGAACUGAGAGGACAAUCAAAUGAAGAAUACCAAGAAAUAAAGAAAACAGGAACUAAACCUCACAAAGGCAGAAGCAAACCUAAUGAGGUAACGUACCUUAUGCCGAUUCAUUUUACGUACACAGAUGCAUUCAUUAUGAACUACAGUGGCCCCAAAAGUAUUUGGACACUUAAGCUACACUUAAUACAUGAUUUUCAUUGCAUUAAAUAACAAAAUUUCAUACAAAAUUUUCAUUAAAAAACUUAUCCCAUGGUAUAUUUUAGAAGAUGGAUUAAGUUAGUAACCCUCAGUUUAUCUGGGUGUAAUUCAUUACAUUAUCAAUAAACAUGUUCCACUAAGUUUGAGACCCAGAAAGUGUCAAAAUAAUUGUCUUACGUUUGAACAGUACAUCUACUGUUUUAUGUUGUAUAUUUAUUUUGUAUGUAUAUGUAUUAAAAGUGUGCUUGUGCUAGCUUUCUUUUUGCAGUGUGAUAUUUUAUUAUGUAAUGCAAAGAAAUCAUACAUUUUAAAGUGUGGCUCAAAGGGAUAGUUCAACAAAAACUUAAAUUUGCUGAUCAUUUUCUCACCCUCAUGCCUUCCCAGAUGUGUUUGACUUUCUUCUGCAGAACACAAAUUAAGAUUUUUAAUAGAAUAUCUCAGCUCUGUAGGUCCUCACAAUGCAAGUAAAUUGUGGCCAGAACUUGGAAUCUCCAAAAAUAACAAAGGCAGCAUAAAAGUAUUCCAUACGACUCCAGUGGUUAAAUCCAUAUCUUCAGAAGCGAUAUGAUGGAGAUUUAUAGUAAAAAAGGACAUUGUCAUUUGAACAAUCACAUUCUUCAUGCAUAUUGCCACCAACUGGUUGGGGCUGGUCAAAGCUGGAGAGUUAUAUAGGAAAAAAGGACAAAAUUAUUGAUCUGUUGCUCACUCACACCUCAGAAGAUAUGGAUUUAACCACUGGAGUUAGAUUUUUGGAGAUUUAAAGUGCUGGCCACCAUUCACUUGCAUUGUAUGGACCUACAAUGCUGAGAUAUUCUUAUAAAAAUCUUCAUUUGUGUUCUGCAGAAGAAAGUCUUACACAUAUGGGAUGGCAUGAGGGCAUGUAGUAGUGGUGGCGUAGUGGACUAAAGCACUGAACUGGUAAGCAAAAGGUUGUUGGUUCAAUUCCCACAGCCACCACCACCAUUGUGUCCUUGAGCAAGGCACUUAACUCCAGGUUGCUCCAGGGGGAUUGUCCCUGUAAUAAGGGCACUGUAAGUUGCUUUGGAUAAAAGUGUCUGCCAAAUGCAUAUAAGUAAAUGAUGAAAAAAAAAAAAAAAAAAAAAUCAUUUUUGGGUGGACUAUCCCUUUAAAUGUCUUAAUACCUUUUGGCCACCUUAAUUGUAUUUGACAUUUAUACAACCCUAAUUUUGGCACAUUGCCUUGUGUUCUAAUCUAAGCAACCACAACAUUGCACUGUUUGGUAGAUUAAAAGCAGAUGGAAAUUUUGUAAAAAUACAAAAUUCGUUGGUUCAUCAAUUAGUUAACUCCUUCACAGGCUCGAACAGGGAGAAAAAGGGAUGCAGAAGUAGUUGCGGAGAUGGACACUUUUGUGGCAUCACGCAAUUAAACCUGUGUAAACUCAACAAGAACAAUUUAUGGAUGCAUUCAUUGAUUUUUGUUUGUGUAUUUACUUUGAUUUUUGGUAGCGUGUAAUUUGCCGUCUUAUUCACAUUUGCAACCAUGUGUUACAAUAGAUGGUCUUGUAUGCUUUAACAGAAGGAAAGCACAGAUAAUUUUGUAAGACGUAAUUUAUGAACUGGACUUGUGCGUCUGGGAAGGUAGCACACAGUGCUUUAAUUUUUUCACAUUUUGUAUGCAUUAAAUAGUACCAGUCAGCAUAACAUCAACCUUAAAAUAGGUGUUUUACUGUAUAUAAAAAAUAAAAAAUAAAAAAAAACAUACUAAAAAUAAACUAAAAUGUAUUAUCUAUUUGGUAAGCUUUGGUAAGGCUGUUCGUCAACAUUGAGUUAUACAAAUUGUCAAAUAUCAAAAGACCAAAAGGCAUGUUAGAAUAUUAAAACACUUUGAAAAUGGUUUAAUGAUGUUUACAACAAAAGAGAACUGUACAGUUACAGUAAAAGAUUAUCAUUAUAUAUAUAUAUAUAUAUAUAUAUAUAUAUA